AUGCUCAAAUCUUUGCAUUUGAGAUCAAACGUGCAUUUGAGAAAUCAUCUAUUGAUUUACAGAAAAUCGGUAUUGAGUCAUAUAUAUGGCGCUAAUGGUUUGACCGCUUCCUAUCUUUCAAACUUUACUCAGGAUGAGCAAUGCAAAAUAAUCUAUCGAAACCUGAUUAGGCUUCUGCCUUACCUAAAGCUUCCAGGCCAUUUCAAACGAGUAUACACGCUCUAUAUUCAGAUGAGGUUCAGAGAAGAUUACGAAUAUAAGCGCAAUUUGCUAAUCAAUGUUCCAGACAAAUUGACCACCGAACAAUUGAGUUCCAGAUUAAUUAACACAAUAAAUUUUGUCUCUAAUGCAUGCUCAGAACCGCACACCGAGGAGAACAUAGAGUUUCGCAUUCUACGUGGAAUCCUGCAACACGAAUCAUCUAAAUAUAAUUUCAAAGGCGAACUUGCCGGAUUAUAUUCAAUACGCGCUUUCAGUGAGUUACUAUCGACUGCAAAAGCCAUUGAAGUCAAUCCCAAACUACCUCCCAACUGGUAUUCAUGGUUGCAGAAAUCACGGGAUUCUAUGGUUGCUGAACCAGAGUUCGAUUCGCCGACGAAAAAAGAUCUAUUAGACGAAACAUUGUUUGGGGUUUUUCGUUUUGAAAGAAACAAAGAAAUGCUCAAUGAGUCGGCAAGCCUAGCUCUAUAG